GUUGACUUCAAUUUGUUUUUGUCUUUCGAGGAUUUUACUUUAUCAUAUUGUAUUCACUCUUAUCUUAGUUUCUGAAGUUCAUGAAUUAUUCACAUAUCUCAACUUCACUUUUUCCUUGUUAACAUUAACAUGAACACUUUCUCUCAAUUUUUCUUACUUUCACUCACAUUCAUUUGGUUCAUAUCUCUUACAGCUUUUGCUGCUACUACCAUCCACCCUGAUGAAAAGAAAGCUCUUGAAGAUAUAGGUAAAUCACUUGAUAAGAAGGAUUGGAACUUUGAUAUCGAUCCCUGCAGCAACAAACCUAAUUGGGUUACGCCUCCUAUACCCCAUGUUUUUGAGAAUAAUGUCACCUGUGAUUGCUCUAUUGGCGGUGAUAACUUCUGCCAUGUUAUUUGGAUAAGUUUAAAAGGGCAAAAUCUCCAAGGUACUCUCUCACCGGAACUGAAGAGGUUGCGUCACCUCCAAAUGAUUGACCUUGCUCGCAAUAACUUGAAUGGUACAAUUCCUAAAGAAUGGGGCUCCUUGACGAAUAUUCGUAAAAUGGGUCUCCUCUCAAAUCGAUUAACCGGUUCAAUACCAGUGGAGAUUGCUAACAUAUCUCAUCUCCAAGAAUUGGAGUUAUACAACAAUCAAUUUUCUGGAAAUCUUCCUCCUGGACUUGGGCAUCUAACCCAAAUUCGAACAUUGCGACUUUCCUCUAACAAUUUUACUGGAGAACUACCUGUGACAUUCGCCAAGCUCACUACAUUGACAGAAUUCCGAAUUGAGGACAACCAAUUCUCUGGAAAGAUACCCAAUUAUAUUCAGAACUGGACAAGUAUUAAUAAGAUACUGAUUCAAGGAAGUGGAUUAAGUGGGCCUAUUCCUUCUGGAAUUUCACGUUUGAGAAACUUAACAGAUUUGAGAAUCAGUGAUCUGAAUGGAUCUGAAUAUGCACCUUUGCCUCAACUUAGUAAUCUGACACUGUUAAACAACCUGAUUCUGAGGAAUUGCAACAUCAGUGGAACUCUACCUGAAAAUCUUAAGACUAUGAAAUCAUUAAAAAUCUUAGACCUUAGCUUUAACAACUUAAGUGGAACAAUUCCGAGGACCUAUGCUGACAUGAACAGUGUGAAAUAUAUAUUUUUAACUGGAAACCUUCUGACCGGAUCAGUGCCGGCUUGGAAAAAGAAUGUCAGCGUAGAUCUUUCAUACAAUAACUUCAGCAUCAGCCAAGGGAGUCAGAUAUGUCAAGAUGAAAAUGUGAACUUGUUUUCGACCUCAUGGGCACGAAAUGGCACAGGAACAACUUCAUGUUUGAGCUUUCAAUGUCCCAAACCCUCAAACUCACUCUAUAUAAAUUGUGGUGGAAAUCAAACAAGAGUCAAUGGAAAAAGUUAUGACGGUGAUUCAGAUUCACCUGGACCAGCUAGAUUUCAUGCCAGUCCAACAGGAAACUGGGCAUUUAGCACCACUGGUAUAUUCAUUGAAAGUGGUGAUCUUGGAGAAACUUAUUCCUCACAAAACAUCUCUAAACUUACAAUGGAAGAUGCUGAAUUGUACACCAAUGCACGUGUUUCUCCUAUUUCUUUGACUUAUUAUGGAUUUUGCCUGGCAAAUGGAAGCUACACGGUAAAUCUACAUUUUGCUGAAAUAAUGAUCCCAGGCGAUCAAACUUACGGAAGUAAUGGAAGGCGUAUAUUUGAUAUAUACCUUCAGGGAAAUGCAGUGCAAAAGGACUUCAAUAUUGCCAAAGAAGCAGGAGGAGUUGGUAAGAAAAUCAUAAAACAGUUCAACGAUGUUGUUGUUACUAGUAAUACUUUGGAGAUCCGUUUGUAUUGGGCUGGAAAAGGUACACAGUCUCUCCCAAAUAAAUCAGUAUACGGUCCUCUUAUAUCAGCUAUAUCAGUGGAAUCAUCUGAUUCUGCAGCUGGAAUCAUAUCUGCAGGAGCUGUAGUUGGAAUUGUGGUUACAGCAACGAUUAUCAUGUUCUCCUUCUAGUAUUUAUAAAAUAACAUAAAACGAUGACGAUUAUGUUCAUAGACAUUGAUGAAUAUCAAAGGUGGUAUUGGCAAAAACCAUUAACAAAAGUAGCAUCUCUCAAAGGAGCAUUACACACUGAAGCAUAAAGUAAACGACAUAGUUAGAACAAAAAAGAUAAAUCUAUACUCAAAACAUCCUGCGAAAUGUGUUGGUUCUAAUUUCAUUCAUAAUUUUCAUUCCCAUAUAUAAGGAGAAUUAGUUAUACAAAUAUUGGAUCAAACGAUAUGUGGCUCUAUCGAAAAGUUAUACAAACGUCAAAGGAGUUUAUAAAAAAGUAUUAAAAAACUAUGUCAUGGGUAAACUUCAACGUCGAUUGUGGCUCAAUCAAUUUCUCACAUUUUGAAUCAUGAUUUAGACGUCUAAAUCAUGCCCCCUAUUCCAUUUUCUUGGCUAGUCAAUUUUGUAUCCUCAACUUUUUCCACCUAAAAAUUAUCCCAUGAGUUUUUGUUGUUAUUGAUGGCAGGGUUUUGAUUCUUUCAUUUACUUCCUCCAGAAAUUUAGUUGCUUCGAAAUUGUGGUUGAGCAAUUGUUUAAAGGUUCAUAUGUGUUGACUAGUUUUGUUAUGUUUCCGCAAGUUCUGUUUUGGAAAUUUGUACAUUUAUAUUAUAGUUCACUUUACAUUUUCUUUGUUCUAGUAUUUUAGAUGACCGAGGCUAUGAAUUGAUUAAUAAUAUUAUUUUUAUUUAAUAUUGAAAAAAAAGUCACAUGAGAGCGCCACAAAUCCGGUGAUGACAUUUGAAGAGAGAAAAAUAAAAAAGUUUCCAACACAAAAUUUUGGAGGGAGAGUUUGGACAACCACAAGAAAGUGCAAAUGAUACGUCGAAUAAGAUGACCUAAGAGAUUAGAAAAAUGACUAAAGAGAUGAUGAGAGAAUCAAG